AACUCUACGACACGGGAAGCAGGAAGUUCGACGAUAGACAACUUUGCUGCUUGGGUUGCAUAGCUAGCGUUUCGUUGAUCAAAACCAUUGUAGUCGGCGAGUCGGAAACCUUGUAUACAUAAUGGGAAAAGGUGGUGGAACCUUUGAGAGGCUUCUUGACAAGGCCACAAGCCAGUUGUUACUGGAAACAGACUGGGAGUCCAUUCUGCAGAUCUGUGACCUCAUCCGCCAAGGAGACACGCAGGCGAAAUACGCAAUCGGUGCCAUUAAAAAGAAGCUAAAUGAUAAGAAUCCUCACGUGGCCCUCUAUGCUCUUGAGGUGCUGGAGUCUGUUGUGAAGAACUGUGGACAGACAAUCCAUGAUGAGGUGGCCAGCAAGCAGACCAUGGAGGAGCUCAAAGAACUUCUUAAGAUGUUGAACAGCAGUGAUUGUAAAAGUGACACCAAAGCUUUUCAAAAUCCUGUGUCCAGAAAAGUGAACCCUCCUGUGAAACAGACGGAGCCGAAUGUCAGGAACAAGAUCCUCUACCUGAUCCAGGCGUGGGCCCACGCCUUCCGCAACGAGCCAAAGUACAAGGUGGUCCAGGACACCUACCAGAUAAUGAAAGUGGAGGGACAUGUGUUCCCUGAGUUCAAGGAGAGCGAUGCCAUGUUUGCGGCUGAGAGGGCCCCGGACUGGGUGGAUGCAGAGGAGUGCCAUCGCUGCAGAGUUCAGUUCGGAGUAAUGACGCGCAAGCACCACUGCAGAGCCUGUGGGCAGAUCUUUUGUGGGAAGUGCUCCUCGAAGUACUCGACAAUCCCCAAGUUUGGCAUUGAGAAGGAAGUGAGAGUGUGUGAGCCCUGCUUCGAGCAGCUCAACAAAUCCCUUCUCCUCAGCAGCCACCCCUCCCUCUCUCCCCCUCCUAGGAAGUCCGAGGGCAAGGCCCCCAGCGUCGCGCCGUCCGAGCUUCCGCCCGAGUACCUGACUAGCCCUCUCUCCCAGCAGUCCCAGGUCUGGGAUGCGACGGCUCCGCCACCACAGAUGCCCCCGAAGCGCGACGAGGCGGCCCUGCAGGAGGAGGAGGAGCUGCAGCUCGCCAUUGCCCUGUCUCAGAGUGAGGCCGAGGAGAAGGAGCGCAUGAGGCAUAAGGGCUCCUAUGGGGUGUACCCGAAAGCUGAGCCGACCCCCGUGACCUCGUCUGCCCCUCCUGUCAGCACCCUCUACUCCUCUCCAGUGAACUCCUCUGCCCCUUCAGCUGAAGAUGUGGAUCCUGAGCUGGCCCGAUACCUCAACCGGACCUACUGGGAGAAGAAACAGGAAGAGGUGCGCAAAAGCCCCACCCCCUCUGCUCCAGCUCCUGUGCCAUUGGCUGAAGCUCCUAUGCCAAUCAGCCAGCCCGUGGAGACCCACACACCUGUUGUUCAGCCAGUCAACAUUGUGGAGCAGCAGUACCAGAACGGUGAGUCAGAGGAGAACCAUGAGCAGUUCCUCAAGGCACUGCAGAACUCUGUCACCACCUUCUUGAACCGCAUGAAGAGCAACCACAUGCGCGGACGCAGCAUCACCAACGACAGCGCUGUCCUCUCCCUCUUCCAGUCCAUCAACAACAUGCACCCGCAGCUGCUGGACAUCCUCAACCAGCUGGACGAGAAGAGACUAUACUACGAGGGUCUGCAGGACAAGCUGGCCCAGGUGAGAGAUGCGCGCGCGGCCCUGAACGCGCUGCGGGACGAGCACCGGGAGAAGCUGCGACGUGCUGCCGAGGAGGCCGAGAGGCAGAGACAGAUCCAGCUGGCCCAGAAACUAGACGUCAUGAGGCAGAAGAAACAGGAGUACCUGGAGAUGCAGCGUCAGCUGGCCAUCCAGAGGCUGCAGGAGCAGGAGAAGGAGCGGCAGAUGCGCCUGGAGCAGCAGAAGCACACCAUCCAGAUGAGGGCGCAGAUGCCUGCCUUCUCACUGCCUUACGCACAGAUGCAGUCACUUCCCCCUAACGUGGCAGGAGGGGUGGUGUACCAACCUGCCGGCCCCCCCAGUUACCCCGGCACCUUCAGCCCCGCUGGCUCCGUGGAGGGCUCCCCCAUGCACAACGUCUACAUGGGCCAGCCCGGACAGACUGGAGGCCCCUACCAGGCCAUGCCCCCGACAGAUCCAAACAUGGUGAAUGCCUACAUGUACCAGAAUGCAGGCAACAACGCCCAAGCGCCACCCCCAGGGCAGGCUCCACCCACCACCACCCCUGCCUACUCCAGCUACCAGCCCACCCCGACACAGGGCUACCAGAACGUGGCGUCUCAGGCCCAGUCUGUUCCUCCCAUGUCUCAAGCUGGGCCCACUAACGGCAUCGCCUACAUGGGCUACCAGCCCUACAACAUGCAGAACAUGAUGACCGCUCUGCCAGGACAGGACCCUAACAUGCCCCCACAGCAACCUUACAUGCCUGGACAGCAGCCCAUGUAUCAGCAGAUGGCGCCCCCUGGUGGUCAACAGCAGCAGGCGCAACAGCAGCCUGUUCAGGGCCCCCCAGGCAGUGCAGAGGCUCAACUCAUCUCCUUUGACUGAUACCGGCCCCCGCUCAUCCUGCAGCCUGUGGGGUCCAACACACUACACCCUCCAACCUCCAACUCCUCCUUCCUCUUCUCCUUUCCCUAAACCCCUGGUUUCACCCACACCUUUCUCCCAAACACGUAUAACCCUACCCAAAGCCGUGCACCACCCCAAAGUCCACUCCCUCCCUCCCUCCCUCUUAAGAUGAAGUAGGAGCUGGGAAGAAUGGAAAGUCAUGAGAGGGAAGACCUGCACCUCCAUUCUCUGCCAACUCUCUCUCUCCUCCUCUGUCUGUCCUCACCUAUGUGCGUAGUCUCGUCCUUAUCCGGUGGAUUGCAGAAGCUCAGAUGUAGUAAAUGGUGUAGAAUUUAAAACAAGUAAGAAACAACAUCAACAACAACAAGAAAAAGACACAACCAUCUUUUUGUCUCAUUUUUCUAUAGCAGAUUUGCAUGUGUUCAGUGAUUCUUUUAAGAUGCGAAAGUGUGUGUAUGUGCUUGGGAGAGAGAGAUGUGUGUGUGUGUGUAGGUGCGUGCAUGGUGGUAUGUGAUGGCCCUUCUCCCCUCCUUAUAGUGCUUUGUUCACUGAUGUGAUCUGUUUCAAAAUGCUGGUUUAGGGUCUAUAUUGCCAUGAAGGAUGGAUAAGGUGAACGCUUGCCAGGUUAAACCACCCUCAACACUCUCGAUUGACAGCGACACGGAUAGAACCCUCUAAUCAGGGCCUCCGUGUUUCCAAGAUGGAGCCCGUUCUCUGUCCCAGUUCCAUGCAAAUCGACAUUCCAGUGUUUUUUGUCAUUCACUAACAAAUCUGCUAUACAGGACCAUCCACUCACUUGACUGUCCAACUUGCUCAUUCAAACCUUCAUACGUGCUUGUAGAGAUGGGAGAUGAUAGGUGUGGUGUGGAGAGAGAAGUUUCAAAUGAGCACAGUAGGUGUGAAAAUAUUUACACUGUCUACACAGAUGAAUAGCACAUAGUCAAAUGUGGAGUGGGGUACAGCUGCCAUUUUAUCACCUCGUUUGUUCUGAGCUAUCUUUGCAAAGAAUCCCGGUCCAUGACGUACUGCAUACAGGCGGUCGCUCUUCAUCUUUAGUGAAUAAUGUUGGUCAGGGGGGGAAUCAUUGAUCAUUAGUGACCACAGUGCAACUUGCGGGCAUCAGGUCAAUUGCACACACACUAAAAUCCCGUUUAAUCAGUAAGAGAGUUGUUGCUGGGAACGCGAGUUGGUAGUUUUUAAAAUGGAUGUGAGGACGAAGGUGUGAAUGUGUGACGAAAUCUUUUCAUUGUGCAUUGCUUUGUCUGCGAACGUGUGUGUGAGUGUGUGUUAGUUUUGGUGAGACUGCAGUGCUGUAGAAUGGUUCUAUAUUGCGCAUGUUUGUAACAUACACCAACCAGUGACUUCUGUAACCCUUUAACGGCAUUUGUGAACACUCUUCUAUCAUACUGAUCUGUCUGACUUCAAGAAUUAAUUGUAAGAUUAUAUUUAAUAAAUAUCUGGUUCUUUUAUUGUCCACA